GAAAAAAUUCCAAAUUCAACCCGAAAAUCAGCAUCUUCUGCCGGUUCUUCAAUGGAAGCAUCGUCAUCAUCGUGCCCGAACCAACCACCACCACUGCCGUCUUCGCCAGAGGAUGAGCAGCGGAACUGGCUGGAUCUGCCGCGAGACGUGGUGUCGGCGAUAUUCGUGAAGGUUGGUACGAUCGAGGUGCUGAGAAACGUUCAGAGAGUUUGCUCGCUGUGGCGCAAUGUCUCCAGGGACCCUCUCAUCUGGCGCACCAUCGACAUGCACGCACUCGGUGACCUCACCGACUCCGAUGACAUCCUUGACGCCAUGUGCCGCCGUGCAAUCGACCACAGCUCCGGCCAAUUAACCGACAUCACCAUCGAAGAAUUCGCCACUGACGCUCUUCUCAAGUACAUCGUCGAUUCUACAAGUCAUCUACGACGUCUAUGCCUUAUACGAUGCUAUAGUAUAACAGAUGAGGGAUUGUGUGUAGUUGCAGAAAAGCUAUCUCGGUUGGAAGAACUUGACAUAUCAAUCAGCAACUUAUCCAAGGAUCCUCUAGAAACUAUUGGCCGGAGUUGCCCUCACUUAAGAACAUUGAAAUUUAAUAUAGAAGGUUACAAAAGUCCACACAUUGAGUGCAAUGAGGAUGCAUUUGCCAUUGCGGAAACAAUGCCUGCAUUACGCCAUCUACAGCUUUUUGGGAACAAGUUGACCAAUGAUGGCUUGCUUUCCAUUCUUGAUGGGUGUCCCAAUCUUGAAUCUCUUGACUUACGCCAGUGUUUCAAUGUCAAUUUAAUAGGAAAUUUGGAGAGGAGAUGUGCUGAACAGAUCAAAGAUCUACGGCGUCCAUAUGAUCCCAUUGAUGACUACCCAUUUGAAGCGGAAGAUGACUAUGGAUCAUUUGAUGAAGACUAUCCAUCUGGGAUAUCAGACAUUGACAUAUUGUCUGAUUAUGAGUAUGACUUUUAUGAAUUCUCAGGUGGGAGUCUGAGUGAAUUUUCUGAUUAUGAUUACAAUGAUGAUUAUUAAGACUCUGGUAAAUUUAACACUUUCCAGCUAAAGGACAGAUAGCUGUUGUGAAUAUGUUAGGUAUAUUUCUCUAGGAAAUAAUCAACAAUGUAAUCAUUGAAGUAUCCUCGACCUUCCAAGGAGGACUCAUUUUGGUGCUGGUUAAUGAUCUGUUGUAAUGAAUUUGCAUGGUUAGACCACAUGAUCCUCUUUUGAUCUUAAUGUCCCAUAGGAUAAUAGUACCAUUUUGAGAAGCAUUACUGUUUGCAUUGUGCAGCUAAUUAGAUGUAUGUAAGAAGCAAUUUCUUUAGCUCAAUGUAUGUUUAUAAUUGACGAUUC